UUUGAAAAAAACAUGGGGUCAUAGAUUUCUGUUCCGCCGCUGUACAUGAGACUGCUUCCAGUUUGUUUUUGUUUACAUUUUGAAUCUUUAAAUCCGUAAACUUUUUUAUAUUUUUUUUAAUAUAUAGACACAGUACUGAAAUAUCGCCGUGUUUAGGGUUAUUGAAUCAUGGCAUGACCCCGUUACAUGAAAGUGACGUUAUUUUGGGCAUUGCAGGCAGCCGUCUUUUGAAUUUGUUUUUGUGUUCUGAUUUGCAAAGAUGCCGCUGGGGUUGAAGCCUUGCUGUAGCAUUUGCAAGACCAAUUCCUCCUCAAUGUGGAAGAAAGGCAAUCAGGGUGAGAUCCUGUGCAAUAAUUGUACAGGGAAGAGCGCCAACUGCAGUGGUGCCACGGGAACACCCUCCUCCAUAGCACAACAAAAUAAUGGUGGCGGAAAACAGUCGAAACAAGAGAACCACAGGCGGUCAGCGCGAUUAAGAAACACCAAAUACAAGGCCCCAGCUUCUGAGAAGAAAGUUUCUACCAAAGGGAAAGGCAGACGUCAUAUAUUUAAACUUAAAAAUCCAAUUAAAGCACCAGAACCUGUAUCUACAAUAAUCACUUCUGAAUCAGUGUUUUACAAGGGUGUGUAUUAUCAGGUUGGAGAUGUUAUCAAAGUGAUCGAUGAAGAGGAUAGAAAGCCAUACUAUGCUCAGAUCCGGGGGUUUAUUCAAGAUCAGUACUGUGAAAAGAGUGCAGCCCUGACUUGGCUCAUUCCCACCCAGGCCAGCCUAAGAGACCAGUUUGAUCCAGCUACCUAUAUAGUCGGACCAGAGGAGGACCUUCCAAGAAAAAUGGAGUACUUGGAAUUUGUGUGCCACGCCCCUUCUGAAUAUUUCAAGUCUCGCUCUUGUCCCUUUCCCACCAUUCCAGUUCGACCUGAAAAGGGCUACAUAUGGACUCACAUUGGACCCAUGUCUGCUAUUGCAAUCAAAGAAUCUGUCGGAAACAGUUUGUAGCCUGGUUUGGUAGAGUUAUUCUCUGCCUAUGAAGUGCCUGGACUGAUGUAUAAGAAAGUUGAAAUUGAAAGUGGUGGAGAUUGUUUCAAUUUUCUGGGCCAGCAAAAACUUUAGUAAAUCAUAAUUUGAGGAUAUGAAAAAUAUAUAAAUGUAGAGAUGUAAAUAAAUAAAAUGGUUUUGCCUGGUUGUUCUUGCAUAGUCACGAUAUGCAUUCUUGUCCCAAACAAAGAUGCCACGUUCACACUUUAUUGCCUGCAAUCCAUUGAUGAUAGAACACAAAGCUAGGUUUCAGUGUUUGCAAACUAUUUGUGGCAGAAUACAGAGAUGGCACGUUGUAAAGUUUGAUUCCUUUAGUUGGAUUGCAGAAUAAAAUACAGUAAACUAUGAGAACAUUUAAAGGUGGUGAAAUUACAAAUAUAGGUUUAAAAGCUAUGCAAAUAUUGUAAAAACAAUAAUCUUUUUGAAAAAAAUUCAAUAUACUAACCAGAAGUACCGAAGACUUUUACAGUUUUAUGAGCAGAGGAAGGGGCCCAGGACUUAUUCACCUAACUUCUCAUAAUUGUUAGAUACUCAGAAAGAGAUUUAUUUGUAAAUAAAUACAAAAUGCCUAAUGUC